AUAUAUAUAUAUAUAUGAUGAUAUGAUGGAACAGAAGCACGUGUUGCUGUCGGCAUUGAGCGUAGGGGUAGGAGUGGGUCUAGGUCUGGUUUCCGGUUCCACGCUCGGCCGAUGGACCGGCGCCGCCACUUCUGCGGGGGUCGCCGGCGGCGUAUCCGCCGACGAAUUGCAGCUGGAGCUUCUCAGAUUGGUUGCAGAUGCUAAUAAGAACAAGGCUACUUUUGAGGACUUCCCAUAUUAUCUCAGCGAAAGAACACGUGUGUUAUUAACAAGUGCGGCAUAUGUUCAUCUAAAACACUUAGAUGUGUCCAAGCACACUCGGAAUCUUUCUCCGGCGAGCCGAGCUAUAUUGCUCUCCGGGCCCGGAGAACUGUACCAGCAAAUGCUUGCUAAGGCUCUAGCACAUCACUUUGAAGCAAAGUUGCUAAUCCUAGAUGUAGCCGACUUUUCGUUUAAGAUGCAGAGCAAGUACGGUGGCUCCAAGAAAGACUCUUCUGUCGAACGAUCUGUGUCGGAAGUAACGCUCGAACGAAUGUCGAGCUUUCUCGGUUCCUUAUCGAUUCUUCCAUCACAAGAAAAUACCAAAGGCACGGUAUGGAGGCAAAGCAGUGAAUCAGAUGGUGCUGCUAUAAGGAAUACAGAAGUCGUAAACGAUAAUUCUCUAAAAACUCGAAGAAGUUCAUCCGUCUCGUCGGAUAUGAGCAGCAUCACUGCCAAGUCAUCAUCCCUUUCAAAUUCAGCUCCUUCGAAACGGUUCAGCAGCUGGUCUUUCGACGAGAAAAUUUUCAUAGAGUCGGUUUACAGGGUGUUGGUUUCGAUUUCUCAAACCGGUAGUAUCAUUCUAUAUAUCCGAGAUGUCGACAGGCUGUUCCUACACUCCACUAGACUAUACAAACUGUUCGACAAAAUGCUGAAGAAAUUAUCGGGACCGGUUCUAAUUCUAGGUUCGAGGGUGUUAGAGCUUGCGGAAGAUUCCGGAGGAUUAAAUAACCGAAUCGCUCUUUUAUUUCCUUAUAGUGUUGAGAUUAGGCCACCGGAAGACGAAACUCAUCUGCUGAGCUGGAGGGCACAAUUGGAAGAGGAUUUGAAAAGGAUCCAAUUUCAGGACAACAAGAAUCGCAUUGCGGAGGUUCUUGCGGCAAACGAUAUCGAGUGUGAUGAUUUAGGAUUGAUUUGUCAUGCCGACACUUUGGUUCUGUGUAGUUAUAUCGAGGAAAUUGUGGUUUCUGCUAUUUCGUUCCACUUGAUGAAUAACAAUGAUCUUGAGUACCGUAACGGAAAGCUCGUUAUAUCAGCUAACAGCUUGUCGCAUGGACUGAGUGCUUUUCAGGAGGGAAAAAGUGGCGGCAAAGAUACACUUAAAGACACUGAAGGGAGAGAGAAUGCUGGAUUAAAACCCGAAUCGAAUACCGAAAACAAGAGUGAGACAGAAAAAUUGAUUUCUUCAAUCUCGAAGCCUCCGGAACCAACCCCCGACAACGAAUUCGAGAAACGAAUCCGGCCUGAAGUAAUCCCACCGAACGAAAUCGGAGUCACAUUCUCCGACAUCGGAGCUCUCGACGAGAUCAAAGAAUCACUACAAGAACUCGUAAUGCUCCCACUUCGCCGCCCGGACCUAUUCACCGGCGGCCUCCUCAAGCCAUGCCGAGGCAUACUCCUCUUCGGUCCACCUGGCACCGGAAAAACGAUGCUCGCAAAGGCGAUAGCCAACGAGGCGGGGGCCAGCUUCAUAAACGUGUCCAUGUCCACAAUCACUUCGAAAUGGUUCGGAGAAGACGAGAAAAACGUGCGGGCCCUCUUCACGCUAGCGGCAAAGGUUUCUCCAACUAUAAUAUUUGUGGACGAGGUUGAUAGUAUGCUCGGCCAACGGACUAGAGUGGGCGAGCACGAGGCAAUGCGGAAAAUUAAAAAUGAAUUUAUGUCGCAUUGGGAUGGGCUUUUGACAAAACCCGGCGAACGGAUUCUUGUUCUCGCUGCAACGAAUAGACCUUUUGAUCUCGACGAAGCCAUCAUUAGGCGAUUCGAGCGCAGAAUUAUGGUGGAUUUGCCUUCGGUGGAGAACAGAGAAACAAUACUGAAAACUCUUUUGUCGAAAGAGAAAGCGGAAGAUCUCGACUUUAAAGAGCUUGCAGCCAUUACGGAAGGUUAUAGUGGGAGUGAUCUAAAGAAUUUGUGCAUAACAGCAGCUUAUCGACCGGUGAGAGAACUUAUGCAGCAAGAAAGAGAGAGAGAUAAGAAGGAAAAGAAGCAGAAAGACGAAAGCUCGGAAGAUUCUUCAGUUCUUAAAGAGGAGGCGAAAGAGGAGACGGUAAUUACGCUAAGGCCCUUAAACAUGGAAGAUAUGAGGCAGGCAAAGAAUCAGGUUGCUGCGAGUUUUGCUUCGGAGGGAUCGAUAAUGGGGGAGCUAAAGCAAUGGAACGAUCUAUACGGAGAAGGAGGUACGAGAAAGAAGCAGCAGCUAUCCUACUUUCUCUAGAGCAUCAGGAUAAAAAAAUCGAUUGUUCGAUUUUUGUUCUUUGCGAAUGUGGGGAUAUUAUUGCGAAAACGCGAAACUAUUGGACGGAAAUUAUGAGUCGUGUUUUCGAGAUUGGUGUUCUCUCGAGGUGCAAAUUAAAUGUUUGAGUAAAGGUUUGUUGAAUUUGUUUGAUUCAUUAUGGUAUUGCAUUUUUACAUUGUGAUUGUUUUUUUUUUUUUUUUUUUGUCAACCUACAGAAGGCUCUACUGAUCAGCAUCUUGUAAAUUUUGAGUGCAGAUUUUUAGUCAAUUUGUUGCUUCAGUUUUUCCUAUUCAAAAUUUUGAGGUGAACAUAUUAAUGGGGAUUUGUAUUUGCUAUGAUUUUGGAGAAUGAUUUAUUAAUGGGGAAGUGUUUGGUUUAUUCAUUUA